AUGUCCAAGCUCUUUGUUCACGGCCUUUCUUGGCACACCAAUGAUGAUACUCUACGCGAGGGAUUCCAGCAGUUCGGCGAGAUCCAGGAAGCUAUCGUCGUCAAGGAUCGCGCAACUCUGCGCAGUCGUGGAUUCGGCUUCGUGCGCUUUGCGACUGAUGAAGAGGCCGAUGCUGCCCUGAACGCCAUGAACAACCAGGAGUUCGACGGUCGCGUCAUUCGCGUCGACAAGGCCUUUGACCGCCCCAGCCGUCCCGAUGGUGGUUUCCAGGGUCGCGGCGGAUACAACCAGCAGCCCGGUAAUGGCUACCAGGGCGGUGGUGGUGGUGGUGGCUUCGGCGGUAACGGCGGUGGCUACCAGCGUGGAGGAUACGGUGGCGGUUAUCAGCAACAGCAGCAGCAGCCCUACGGUGGAAACGGUGGUGGUAACGGUGGUAACGGUGGUGGUAACGGUGGUUACGGCGGCGGCAACUAUGGCGGCGGUUAUGGCGGUGGUGCCAACGCUGGCUACGGCGGCGGCGGUGGCUGGCGCAACAACCAAGCCCCGGCUCCCGAGGGCAACUAA